GGUGGUGUGAUGGGGAGGGGAUGUGCAGCCUCCUCCCAGUUCAAAGCUAAAUGUGGCCCUGCAAAUCCCAGCUGGAUCCUUUCCCCAGUAAAGCAGGCAGCAGAAGGGAGCUUUCCUCGGGCUGCUCCUGUGUGGACCCUGCUAUCUUUGGUGCGGUGUGAAACACCCACCCUGGUCUUAGAGAGGAGCCAGGCACCGAGCUGUUGGGUGCUUUUCAAGCCGACCUGCUUCUCGGCAUGCCCAGGCACAUCCUCAGCUUCUUCCACUGACUUUAGACCUCAUGGUCGUGGAGAGAAUGAGACAGGGGCAGAGGGAGAAUACAAAAACAACCUCGCAGGAGCAACCUCAUAUUAAAUAGAAUAGAAGCAGCAUUAGUGCUUCCUGGAAACACACUGCUUAUGCUGUUAAAGAUGGGAAGUAGAGACGUAGCUGUGAGUUAAAGGUUUCUAGGAUAAAUUAAUCUCAGUCUCUUAAACAUGCAGGUCCUUCCAACAGUGAGCAUUACAACUGAAUUCUCUCCACUUUUCCAGCUGCUUCUAAUGGCUUUACUGGACGUUUUUACACAGUCAGGCCCCCUCUCAAAGGGAGAGCACAAAGGGAGAAUGCUUGUGAUUUGCUGUUAUUUUGAAAACAGUCUUUGUGUUCUACUUUCCAUCAUGUUUCCAGUCUUCCCUUUUCCUUUCCAGGGAGUGAAGCCAAUUUAAUCUCUUCAAGCAGCACAGGCACUAUUUCAGCGCAUCAAGUCCCCAUGUCUGCUGCUGGAAGCAAAAGAUCUUCUUUUUCUCUCGAGCGAUCAGGGAUAUACAUUUCUUGUGGUGACAACCACGGCAUUGAGCCACAAAACCGAGAGCAGUACUUGAGUCAUCUGCAGCAGAAAGAAGUUACAGUACAGCAUUUGAAAACAAAGCUGAAGGAGUCUGAGAGCAAACUUCAAGAAAGGGAAACAGAAAUAGAAGAGCUCAAGGCUCAUCUGGCACGGAUGAAGGAAGACUGGGUUGAGGAAGAGUGUAAGCAUUUGGAGCUGGAGCUGCACUUCUGGGAAGCGAGAAGGGAAAGUCAGGAACUCCAGCAGGCUGUUGAAAGCAUGAGAAACAGCUUGGCUGAGAAAGACAAAAUAAUUCAGAAAUGCUUCAUAGCCAUAAGCAUUGCAAACAAGAAACUGGAAGCUUUGCUGCAGGGCAUGGGGAUGGCUCAGAAGAGCUCUGUGAGAGAUGAGCAGUGCCUGGAGUCCACGUGGGACUCAGAGGGGAAGCCGUUAGCAUUGUGUGCCACGAUGCCAGGCAGCCUCACCACGGAGGACCAAGCUCUGGAGGAGGUGGCAGGCAGUGGGCCGUUUCUUAAUGAGGACACCGCUAACGGGACUGAUUCAUUUGAAGAGUGUUUGACCGCCACAACCUCGGGGUCGAGCGAUCCAGCUCUCUCCAGUUCUGCUGUGUAUCAAGAUAUGCUUGAAAAUGUUCUGGAUGAAAAACCAACUUCUUCUCAGGAGGAGGAGAAAAUCAGCAAGGUGAUGGUGGAACAGGCCAUCCCGACUGACCUGGUGCCAUAAAGCCUAGAUGUGGAGUAGCUCAUUCAGAACAUCUUCAGAGCUCGAGAUGCCUGCCCUCUAAUCCCACCUGCUUCACUGAAGGAAUUGGGUGAAAUUUCUCUUGGAAACGUCCAUGAUCCUGCUAUCGUAGUGGACCUAACUCCAAGUGAUCCAAACCCUGUCAUCCUUUUGUGUGAGAACAAAGAAUUGCUAGUUAGCAAAACUGUAAACUGA